GCGCGCAGCGCCCCAGUGAAGUUCGUGGCAGCGCACAAAGAUCUCAGCCGAAACAACUGAAACUCCCAGCGAGGGGAAAGCACAACAAGCUCCAGAGGAGGACCACGAAUACACAAACUCGAAAAACAAAUCGCAACCACAACAAAGGAACGGUUUGCCAGCCGAGCAACUUGAUCCUUGCACCUUCCUUGCCAACAAAAAGCGAAAACGCCGAGUGUGCAGUGAAGCGCGGCCUUUACAUUCGACACAUCGCAACUGCCCCCGGAAAAUCCCCCCGCAAAGGACACCCGUCGCACGUCUUGUUUUUCCGAACUGCCAGCGUUGCCCCAUCGUCGCCAGGAGCCAGGCGAAGCCCGCAGGACAAGGCGCCUAAUCUGAAUUCCAUGGCAGCAGCCGCAUGGAGCUGGCUGUUGGCCCCAUUCCUGCUCCUCCACUUGGCCAGUGCAGGAGCGGGCGGAGGAGCGGGAGCAGGAGCAGGAGGUGCUGGCCUCAGCGGCCCCUCCGUGUUCACCAGCUCCUUCCUGGUGCGCUUCCGGCGCGGAGUGGACAACGGGUUCGCCCAUGAAGUGGCCGACAAGUACGGCUUCGACAACCUAGGCCCGCUGGUCGGCGCCGAUGAACACGAGUAUCAUUUCAAGCACCGGACCCUGCCCCACGCCCGAUCCAGGAGGAGUCUGACGCACACACGGGCCCUCAAGAGCCACCCGGCGGUGCACACGGCCGUUCAACAGCCGGGAUUCAAGAGGGUUAAGCGAGGUCUGCGACCGGCGGUUCCCGCCAUCCACGGCAUGAAGUUCGACUUGAAGGCGGGCGAGGCCAACCGGAUCGAGGAGGAGCCCACCGAUCCGUACUUCCCCAUGCAGUGGUACCUCAAGAACACCGGACAAAACGGAGGCAAGGUGCGGCUCGAUCUCAAUGUGCAGGCCGCCUGGGCUCAGGGAAUCACUGGAAAGAACGUUACCACGGCAAUUAUGGACGAUGGAGUGGACUACAUGCAUCCGGACCUAAAAUUCAAUUAUAACGCCGAGGCCAGUUAUGACUUCAGCAGCAACGAUCCCUUUCCGUAUCCCCGGUACACCGACGACUGGUUCAACAGCCACGGAACUCGUUGCGCCGGCGAAGUGGCUGCUGCCAGAGAUAAUGGAAUUUGCGGCGUUGGCGUUGCUUAUGACAGCAAAAUCGCAGGCAUCCGCAUGCUGGAUCAGCCCUACAUGACGGACCUAAUCGAGGCCAACUCCAUGGGCCACGAGCCGCACAAAAUCCACAUCUACAGCGCCUCCUGGGGUCCCACGGACGACGGCAAGACGGUCGACGGACCCCGCAACGCCACCAUGAGGGCGAUAGUCCAGGGAGUCAAUGAGGGUCGAAAUGGCCUGGGCAACAUCUACGUUUGGGCAUCCGGCGACGGCGGCGAGGAGGACGACUGCAACUGCGACGGCUACGCCGCCUCCAUGUGGACCAUUUCCAUUAACAGCGCCAUUAACGACGGCCAGAACGCCCACUACGACGAGAGCUGCAGCUCCACGCUGGCGUCCACAUUCAGCAACGGAGCCAAGGACCCCAACACGGGCGUUGCCACCACGGACCUCUACGGCAAGUGCACCACCACCCAUUCGGGCACCAGUGCGGCGGCUCCCGAAGCAGCGGGCGUCUUCGCCCUGGCCUUGGAGGCCAAUCCGCAGCUGACUUGGCGCGACAUCCAGCAUCUGACGGUGCUGACAUCGAAGCGCAACUCGUUGUUCGACGCCAAGAACCGCUUCCACUGGACAAUGAACGGCGUGGGCCUGGAGUUCAACCACCUCUUUGGAUUCGGCGUUUUGGAUGCGGGGGCCAUGGUUACCCUAUCCAAGCAGUGGCAUGCGGUGCCACCUCGGUAUCACUGCGAGGCCGGCGAGCUUACCCAGCCACAGGCCAUUGUCAUGGGUCGUUCGCUCUUCUGGGAAAUCAAAACCGAUGCCUGCAAGGGCACUGACACGGAGGUCAACUACUUGGAGCACGUCCAGGCGGUGAUCUCCGCGAAUGCCUCACGUCGAGGGGAUCUUGAGCUUUUCCUUACAUCGCCCAUGGGCACGAAAUCGAUGAUCCUUUCGAGACGCGCAAACGAUGAUGACCACCGCGAUGGCUUCACCAAAUGGCCCUUCAUGACCACCCACUCGUGGGGAGAGUAUCCGCAGGGCACCUGGAAACUAGAGGCACGCUUCAACUCGCCGCAAACCCGGCACGGCAGUCUGCUGGAAUGGUCCUUGGUCCUUCAUGGCACCAAGGAGGCGCCCUACCGCACACUGCACCCCUCUUCGCCGCACUCCAAGCUGGCCAUUGUGAAGAAGGCGCACGAGGACAAGAAGAUGAAGUAGGGCGGGUCGCAGGACGGGUCAGAGGUCAGGUCCAGAUAAACAUCCGCGUAGCGACGUCCAUUAGACAGCUUGGCGUUUUAUCAACGAGUAUAGUGUGAGGUUCAAUAAAAGUGCUGGCUGUGUUUUAUUUUGGAAUAGGAUUGAUUGAGAUUAAACCGUUGAUUUCAUUGCGUUUUUUCUUUUUGUAAUUUCAAAUAUUUGCCAACUUGGAUCUGUCGAACUAAAAGUUCAUUUAAGCAAACAGUGUUGUUAGCUCUUUUUUUUUUUGUGUAAUUAGUUUUCUUAUUUCGUGAGUUAGCGCCCAGGGUGCCUCAUUCGCAAUCAUUUUCUUCGCUGUUUUAACUGUUUCUGAAAAUUGAAAAGCGCACAUUUACCAAAGUAGAAGAGGAAUCAAAAAUCCUGCACUAAGCAUCAUGAUCCGUUGAGUGUCCUAGCCAACUCUGUAGUGAAUAUCAGUAUAAACCACAAACUAACAACAAUGAAAACAGGUAUAGCAGGUAUUUGAAUGCGUAGCAAGGCAAGAAGGCAGGAAGUAGUGAAAUAAACCAAAACUAGAAAAAAGAAACAAAAACGAUUAUGAAACCAGGAAAACCUAUGUAAAUGUGUAAUAUCUAUAUGUAAACUUACCCUACAUUUAACUGCGUCCUAUGCCGUUAGACUCUUAAAUCUAUCUAGUAUAAAAUACAAACUAAACAAAGUAUUUACACGUAUUUUAAAUCUACGUCCUUUGUUUUCCAUACUAUAUAUACACGAAUAUACCUACAUGCAUAUGUACUUAAAGGAAACUUAGCAAAAACAUAAAAUGUUAAUCCCAUUAAUGCGGAACAAGUUUGUCGCUGCUUCACUUUGGUUGCAAGCCGAAUUCUGCUUUUAUUUUGACACUCGUACGUGUGAGAUGCAUUUACAUACAUAGUUUUCCUUUCAGUUUCUUUCGGGGGCCAAAAACCACAACAUAGUAACAUUAACAAGCGAUUGUAACGUAAAACGGAGCGAGUGUUAUGUAAAAACAUAAACAAAUGUUAAAGUACAAGUGCAGAGCCUUAAUUGGUGAGCAGAGAGUUUAGCACGUAACGUCAGAUACAGAUACAGAUUGUUUUACCUAGUCUUAUAACUGAGAUAAAGCGCAUUGUUAAAGUUUACCGAUAAUGUGCAAGAGGAAUGAAUAUAAUUAUAUAUAUAUACAGAACCAUAUAUGGAGUACAUACAUGUGUAAUUAUUAAUCAAAACCACAUGAAGAGGUGUUGGCAAAAAUUGUGGCAUAACCAUUAUAUACAUACACCGAAUAUUCAACUAUAUAUGCAUUAAUGUAUAUGACGUAUAUAUAUAUACCGAAAAUAAAAUGCAAAGAGUAUCUUAUGUGGACGUUAAGUUAUUCUUUGAUGUUGUAGAUACAAAGCAGUAGUACACAAUAGAUGCACCAUACCACUCAAAAAUAUAUAAAGAUGUGUAAUGCUUGAUGCUCAACGCAUCGCACACCGAUUUAUUUCAUGAUUACCCAUAGAGAUCAAUAUGCUUUAAUCUUUUGGUGCGGUUUUGUCAUUUCAAUGUAAUUAAACAGAAAGAGAAUUUAAUUUUGUAAAUAAAAGUUAAGAAAAAACGGA